AGAGCAUGCUGGAGAUGCUAUACCGUUCAGAAAUUUUGUAGGAAAUUGUACGUUCGAAAGUAGAGGCUCAGUUGAGUUUGCGAGCGCGGCUGAACGGUCGCGUCCAUUGCCCGAUAAACGAAAAUCAAGUGCCUGUAAAUCGAAGAAGUGAUGUGUUGAGUGUUACCAGUGCCUAAAUAUAUUUUUUAUAUAAAGUAUUGUUCGAACUAAGUGCAUAUAAAAUGGAGCUGAUGAAAAUAUCCUUAUGUCUAGCGUUCUUCUUGUUGGCUGUAUCACAAUGUUCAGAAGCGAGACACUCUAUGAAGAGACGUGAAACAGAUGAUGUGAACUAUGACGAUGUUUUAGCUGAUGAGGCCACUGAUAAUGAAGAACAAAAUGAUGCUGAAGGCAACGAUGUCGACGAAGACGAGCCGGUCGACGCUAUAAUAGAGACGCCUCCAAAAAAUUACAGCGCAAUAAUCGGACAGGACGUCAGACUGGAGUGUAAAGUAUCUCCUUCGUUUGGUGUCGUGGUCCAAUGGAGCAAAGACAAUAACAAAUACUUCCUGGGGACUCUAAAGGCUGUUGAGCAAGACCUCAACACGUACGGAGUGGACUCAGAGAGGUUUGCCAUCGCCGCUAAUUCCACGGACCUGUUGAUCCGCGGCGUCCGACCGGAAGACGCCGGCUCGUUCGCCUGCACCCUGAUGCAGUUCAAACCGGAAGUCAUCAAACACCAGCUCUCCGUACUGGAAUACCCGAAGAUUGUCAGUUUCACGGCGACCAACGGCGGCUCAGUGAUGGAGGGCUCGUCCGUGUCCCUGACGUGCGAGGCGGUCGGCUCCCCGCCGCCGCAGGUCGUGUGGUCGCGGGACGUGGGCGGCGUGAACGAACGUCUGCAAGAAAAGGACGGAGAAUUCGUCGGAUACUCAGUUUAUAUUAAAAAUAUCAAACGCGAGCAAUCUGGAAAGUAUUACUGCUAUGUCUUUAACGGUAUCGGAGCGAACCAGGCUGAGGUCACGGUUAAUGUCAGAGGUAAACCCCGCGUUCAUGUCCACAACACUAUUGUUAAUUCGGCAAUCAAUGUGGAAGCUGUCCUGCAAUGCACCGUCCACGAUGAACCUGGUGCUCACAUCCGUUGGUACAAAGACGGUCAACUGAUCGAGAGCAUCUCCCGCCAGUACGAUAUAAGCACACGCGGGUCACACUCUAAUCUCACAGUGCUGCCAACAUCCGACAGCGACUUCGGCACCUUCACAUGCGAGGCGGAGAACGAGUUCGGUUCACACAACCGCUCCAUAUCCCUCGUCCAAUCACCCGUGAUACACUCACUGGAGGCUGACGGCUCGAGGAUAGGGGUCACCAUAACCAGCAGACGACCACUGCACACCGUCGAGCUGCAAGUACGGGAGCUGGGUGGGGACGGUGAAUGGCGCACCUUCAACAUCCCGGUGCCGACGUCGUCUUCGCACGAGUACUUUAUAGCCUACACGUUGGACGAGCUGGAGGCCGGCAAGUACGAGGCGGUGGUGAGGGCCGAGAACGAUCACAGCUGGAGCGAGCACUCCGACUCCACCCUGCUUGAUAUAGAGGCGAAGCCGGAGUACAUUCAGCAUGCUUCAGUGUACAGAGGCAAUUCAGCGCAUUCCGUGAAAUCCGUGGCCCUCACGACUACCCUCAUGUAUCUUCUGGUACGGACGCUGUAAACCGACGUUUAGACUAAUUAUUUAUUAUUAAUAACGAUAUAAGACGUUUAAUUUAAUACAGCUUCUAGGUGCGACUAAAAUAUUAAUACUAGAUUUUUUUUUUUUAAUUUUUCGAUCAAAAGUUUUCGGUUCGCAUUUCUUAGAAGUGCCAAUGAAAAAAAUUAAUGCCCAGUUACUUAAUUACGCGAAAAUCAAAACAAAAUUAACAAUAACUGAGCCACGUUACGUUUAUCUUUAAUUUACUGUAAAUAUUAUGUUUUAAUGAAAGUAAAUAGCCGACAGCGACAUUCAUGUAAGUGUAUGAUUAUUAUUUAAAUGUAUGAAACGACCGCGACUAGACAUCUGGUCGUUACGUUACGUUACGUUACGUGCAUUCUAUGAAGGAUUACUUACGAGUAAUUUUAGUUUAUAGAAAAAAAAAUAUAUAGGUAAUUAUUACCAAAGUGUAAUUAAGUGUUAAAAUCAGUCUUAGUAAUAGAAAUGCUUAUAUAAUUACUUAAUGGCUUAAAAUAUUUUUUUUUUUAGACGAAAGGUCGUUUGCUAGCGAAAAUACAUUAAAAUAUAUUAAAUAAAAUAAGUGUAGCUAUAAAAAUGUGCCUAUAAUACAAUAGUUUCGGAGGUGCUGAGCCCGAAUCGAUGUAACCGUAUUCUUUGAUAGCGUAUGACAUUGAUAAAUGAAAAAUCUAUAACAUGAUAAAUCCGUUUAUUUUCAUUAUAAGAAAAUUUAUCCAGACACGAAAUGUUGGGUACUGUAUUUUUUUUUUUUUUUUAAUUCUCGACUAGAUUUUUGAUUGUUCAAUGUCCUCAUGUAACCAACUAGUCUUUAAAGUAAUCGCUUAACUAAUCAACAGGCUCGUCGUGAGGGGUCCGUUCACACUAUUUAUAAUAUUUUAAUGUAACAAAAAGUACAAUCGUAAAUAAUAUUUUGUGAGCUCGUCGUUUUGUUUUAUUAAUAAAAAUAUGUCUUCGAGUUUUUUGAAAUGUAAUAUAUGAUGUAUUGCUUUAAAUAAAAAAAAAUAUUUUUACAAAGAACAAAAAAAAAACAACACGGAAAUUCUCAAUUAAUUUUGUAACAUGAACGAACAGAAUGAACAUUUUUUUUGUUCAAAUGAAUGUAAAAAUAUAUGAAUUCAUUUGAAUUAAAUGAAAUCAUUCAUUGAAAUGUUAAAAUUGUAAUCAAAACUCAAUGUGACGUCUGUAACCACAUGCUUCAAGUUUGUGCCUUCAUUAAAAUGCAGAAGGUGAUAUCUUUUUUGUCUUUAAUAAACAAUUAAUGUUUGUAAAUAAGUAUACAUGAAUA